AUGGUUGACUCAAACUCAUUACUACCAGAUGUCGAGAAGCUUAUCACCGAUCCCGAAGUUCUCAGGGUCUUGCGACUUUUCAUCUCGCUCGGGCAAACCGACAUUAUCAAAUUCCUAAACGAGACAGUUAAUCAAAAUCCCAAGGAGGUCCAAAUCACGUUAGAUACUGUCCACUUUUUUGUAAAACGAGGAUUGCGAACUCAACGCUAUCUUACGUCCCAGAUGCGUACCGAUGUAGAACCCUCUGAUUGGCCAUACGACCCUGACGAAGAAAAUUCUUUCACAUUUGCUGAAAGACAGCUUUUAGAUAAAUAUAAGUUUGGGGCGCGAUGGCCCACAGUGCGUGGAGCAAUCGAUAUAUUUCGCCGCGGGCUCAUGCACUGCGUUGAUAAAAUGACUUGGAAAGAUAGUGACACUGGGUUGACAUAUCGCGCCUGGAAUACUGUCAACAUAUGCCCUCCCGACAGACGCCUAUGGGACCGAGAAAGCACAGCGUAUAAAAGUCAGAGGUUCUGUGCAUAUUCACGACUGCAGUUUGUGAUCUUCUACCCAGGACUAGUCAACCUCGCAUUCCUAGAGCAAGGGCAAGCCGAUGUGCUGGCGCGGGCCGAGGGACACUUCGACAAACUGUGGGCGCGCGACGAGAAAUUUCGCAAGGCGACUGUAAAUUUGACUCGUAGUGUUCUGGAGUACUACGGUAGCGUUGACGACGGCUACACCAAUUACGAGGGACUUUUGCCCAAAGAAAAGCUGGCGAAAGAGCGGAGAAUCAUUCUUGAUGAUUUUGACGCUCAGCGUAAAGCGAUGCUAAAGGCUGACGCGAGCGAUUUUCGCGAGUUCUCUCAUGCGGGCUGGUGGUUGAAGUACGGGAGGUUUUGGAGCCCUGGAAAUUCAGUUGGCAGCAUUCUACAUUCAAAUAAGAUGCUGGUGGGGAAGAACUUCAGAGAUCAUUGCAAUUUGGCCAAUGACUCCAAAGAGAUCAGUACCGAAGUGGCCACACGCGCAGUCAGACACUAUGGUUUUGGAUACGUGCCCACUAUGAUGACUAGAAGCAGCAGAUCCAGAUCCUCGUCAAAAGCUUCACUAGGGAAGACGGGAACAGAGAAAGGAAAAGGAGAGAAAAGAGAGAAAAGCCGAGAUAAGUAUCGAGAAGACCAGAAUCAAAGCCUACCGAUUCGAAAUAGUCGUGAUCAUGGAAGUUCACUAAAAAGAACUGAGAGUCCUGGACAACAACGACAAGAGAGUAAAAGCAAGACAAUAGAAGCAAGAACGCCAGCGAAGAAAUCAAGUAGAGGAACUAAGAAACCAGCUGCUCAAGUUGAUAAUGCUGCUGUUCCAUCUUCGUCACGCACUGGCGGGUCGGGACAUUCCGGCCCCUAG